AUGGAGCAUGCGUCAGCUGCCGGCAUGACAACCGUGGUUGUGCCUGAAGAACUCCGGCUGCCAGAAGCAGGGCUGAAUGGCAUCAUACUGCGGUGGGCGUUCAUCGACAAGGCGAUCGGCGGUUUCGGGGCCCUGGCGCUCGCUUGGGCCACCAUCGUUCUGCUUGGUGGAUUCUCCACCCUGAUAAAGCAGAAGGAUUUUUGGUUCGUCACAAUCAUCUCCUUCCUCGAAGCCACGAGGCUCUUUACCAGUGCUGUGGAUCCAGAGGAUCAGUUCAUCAUCAACGCACCGGAAGUUGUGGCAGCAAAGACCGAGGAAAUUGAGGCCAAGGAGCAAGGUAGCUGGCAAAGGCAUCAUCGAACCAACCGGCCGGGGCAAGGACCGAACCAAACUGCUGCUCCCCCACCACCAAGACGAGGAGGCCUGCUGGGAUGGUCGUCGUCCCUAACCUCCGGGCGGCGGCGCUUCUGCACCUGCCGCCUCUUCUUCGCCAAGACCCUCACGACGGGGUUCACGUUCGCGCUGUUCGCCGCGGGCAUCACCUCCGUCGUCCUGGCCGUGCUGCGUCUGAGCCGGCAGGACUAUGUGGACCCGGCGGACCAGAGCAGCAGCGACCACAAGAGCAUCAAGGGGUCCCUGAACCUCUUCUACGGCCUGGUGCUGGCGCAGGGCGUCUCCUCCUUCCUCGCCGACACCAUGCUCCCCAUCGACGUCCGGCGGGUCAAGAAGCUCCGCAUGACGUACCAGCUUGGCCAGUCAGGGAAGCUCAUCAUCAAGCGCUACAUGCUCGACACCUACAUGAAAUGUUCCGGUGGAAGAGUGCGUGAAGCAAUGGACAUGGACCUGGUCAGCUUCGCCAUGGAGAUGGCGAGGUCCACCUCGGUGGCCGACCGGCUCGUCGGCGUCCGGGUUCUUGAUCGCGUCCUCAGCGUGGAGAAGUACAGUGGGCUGGCGCUGAUGAGGCUCCGAGCUUCCAUUGACACUGUGGGAAGCGUGGUCAGUAUGCUUGGACUGAAGAACAAGACCACGGAGGAAGAGAACACCAGAGGGCACGCGGCGAACGUGGUGCUGGAGCUCUCUCCAGACCUCCAAGUGGAGAGCUUCCCAGCAGUGCUGCAGAUGGUGUCUUCACUGCUUACUGCGAAGACAACGGCAGCGUCGACAACGAGCAAUGUCAGCGUCGAGCUUACAUGGCUCGGUGUGAAAAUCCUCAGAAAGAUCAUGGACAAUCCGGACAACUGUAAGGAAGUAGUGAAGGAUGCCGAUGACCAGGUGAUAUCAAGCAUUGUGGACCUUACAGCUGUUAGUGAUGACAACAGCAGCUCAAUCUCGUGGUCUCCAGUAACAGAGGAGAUCAUCGUGGAGGCAGUUCAAGUCCUGCACAGGCUGGUCCGAACUACCGGCGAUGCCGGUAAGGUGCUUAGGUGCAAAAUCUCUGAGAACCUCCAUGUUCUCAGGAACAUUAGAAAGAUCCUGGAACAUCCAAGGAGCCAUACUGAGCUACUCACUGAAGCAAUUGGAGUUCUUGCCUGCUUAGCUUUGGAUGAGACAGGAAAGGAAGAGAUUGGGGGUUCAGCUCGGAUCAUUAGGAAGCUUGUUCCAUCCCUUGUUGUUGAAACUCCAUCCCCAUCCAACAGAGUCAAGCUAGCUAAGUCUGCUGUUGAAGCAUUACUUGUUCUUGCCGUGGACAGCCAAAGGAAUGCCUUGAGGAUCCUUGAAGAACUGAAGAUUGAAGACAUGCAGCAACUUGUUGAUAUGCUUUCUUCUGACUCCACAGAGCUCAGAACUAUGGCUGCAAAACUCUUGGCGGUUCUACGUGUCAAUUCUAUAACAGAACAUGUUCAUUAUAACAGGACAGUCGACAACGCACUACCUCUGCUGCUGAAAGCAAUCAAGCUAGAGGUGGAGAAACUAUAUGCCCUGGUACCUGUUGCUGGAGAACUUCAUGCCCAUGAUGCUAAUUUGGAGGAAUGGAGGACCAAGCAGGGUGCACUACUGGAGAGCUUUGUUGGCCUCAGCGUUCGGAUCUGCACAUUCAUUCAGGCAAGCGAGUUCGGCGAUGCGCUCCGGAAUGCCAACCUCACAGUGGAUUUGCUCAUGCAUGCGCUCAGCAGGAUCCUUGAUAUGUACAUGUCACCAGACACAGAGUACCCAGGUAUAAGGCGGGUAACAGUUGAGCUAAUCAUUUGGAUGCUACCGAGCAACAGACGCUGCAUUGAGUUUUUCUUUCGGCACCAAGUGGACAAGGCAGUGAAAGAAGUCGCAGAAACAGAAGAAAGACUUGAAAUGUUUAACAUGUUCUGCUGCGGCGUUGGCGUCGCUAAGCACAGAGAGCCCAUUUCUUCUCUCGUUGCUUCUGCAGCCUCUGCUCUGCCUCGCAUUGCUAGAAGGCUCCCAGGCGAGGUGUCGGCAGAGAACACAAUACCAAUUGCUUAA